AAAGUUGAAUACAGAUAAGCGAAUGAGUUGCAUUGCAAAACUUUAUCAAUGGCCAGCGCAUGCAAAGCCGCGAAGUUAGUCGCGCUGCAGACAACGGAGCGAAACGACGUCUGACAAGUUAAUCAUCACAUUACGUCACGCUUUUGUGGCCGGGUUUUCCACGUCCGUCACACAAUUCGGUGAAUAGUUCUCGUGGAUAAUGUGGGGUGAGGAGAGCCCGAGGAAUGGGCGGCGGGGACACGAGGUGGUGUCCAGCAUAGCGGGGGGCAGCUCGGAGGUGGUGGUGCUGGACGACGCGGUGAUCGAGGCGGCGGCGCGCGCGCAGCCCGGCGUCACCAACAUCAACGUCACCAAGUCCACCGGGCUCCACAUCGGGCCCAAGUUCGUGUCGGUCACGCAGAACGUCGACAACACCGAGGUGGUCAAAGGCCGGUUACUGGGCCUGGAGCUGGUCUCCCCUCAGAACGCGAAGCGACUGCGCUGCAGCAUCGCGGUGUUUGUGUGCUGGGCCUUCGUAGUCGCUUGUGGCCUCACUUUCUUCAUCUUCCACUAUGCACUGGCUAAACAGGCAAUGCGACUAGAUCUAGAUAUAAACGAGACGUGGUACCUGCGACGGGCUGAUUGGCAAGCCAUGCCAGAUUACGGCAUAGAACUACUAAAUCUGCCUGUCCCAUUUGUUCUCAUCGGCCAUUCUGCUAUGACUCCAUGCACCGAUAGAUACGACUGUAUAAAAGACAUGCUAGAGAUACAAAGGGAUCACCAGCGGCGAGGGUGGAUUGACAUUGGACCAAACUUCUUCGUUGGCGGCGAUGGAUUGGUAUUCGAAGGCAGAGGGGCCAAUGUUUUAGGAGUGAUGGUUAGGUCAUGGAAUAGAGUCUGUAUAAGCAUAAUGUUUAUGGGAGACUUCAUGACUGCACAGCCGUCACAGCUUCAGUUUGACCAUCUCAAGAUCCUUAUUGAAGAACUUGUGAGAAAACGAGUACUGAGGCCAGACUAUACAAUGUACGGACACUGUCAGGUACAAGGCUAUGUGAAGACCCCGGGCGUACAUCUCAUGGACCAAUUGCACGUCUUCGAACACUGGAACCCUGCCAAUAAAAGCUUAUGUCUGCGGCAGUAAAGCUUUAAUAUAGGGAUUGUGAAUUAAUAAUUAGAUACUAAUUUAAAAGACUGUCUUAGAAGUAAUCGUAACCGAUUGCAGGUCUAAUUUAGUGAGAUGAACAAUAAAGAUGUUAUUUUAAGUAAUAGACACGUUAUUCGAUACUAAGAUUGCUUGUCGUCCGUGGUACUACCGAUAGUAGGUAGAACUGUAGGCACCUACUAUUAGCAGUGCCAUCUCGGACAACAAACGACUAAGAUAUGGAUGUGCAUUUAAAUCUAUUAUAUAAGAAAAGCCCUAAACCAUUAAAAAAAAUAACAGGUACAUAGGUAGCCAAAGUUAUAUAUUUUUUUGUACAAACAUUUGUUUUAAUCCUAAAUAGUAGAACAUAAAAAUAUAGUAUUUUCUGUUCCGUGAACGAACUAAACUCUAAACUAAACUAUUAUGAAUUAAUUUCUUUAAUUUUUUAUGAAAUUAAGAUUAGGCUUACACUUAUGUAUUCAUUUGUACACGGUAAAUAUAUACCUAUGUUUCUACAUAGAUUGUCACAAUAUAUAAAUACUAUAUAUUGUGAUAACCAAUAUAUAGUACCUACCUGUGCAAUAACCUUAAUAAAUAAGUACUGUAAUGAAAAAAAACGGUAAAAUAUAGGUUCACAAUAUAAAUGGUUUUAGCGGAAGCUUUAAAGAUAUUUAAAAUAAUUAUUAGAGUAAGAAACGAUGACUAAGUUUCCUUAUUGUCAUGACUUAGUAAAUAAAAUACCUAGUUUUGUA